GUCGCCACCUGCUGGUCUCGUCGGGUACUGCAGAAUCCGCGGGGCGCCAUGUUGGCCUGAGCUCAGACAGCAGUGAAGCGGAUUACCGGAUGGUCCGGAGCCUGUAACCGGGACCCGAGAGCGCCACUGCCGGCCCCACAUGGUUGAGCAGUUACCGGCGGACCUCCUAGGGCAGAGCGGACCGCGGCGGGCGGUUCCGGCUGUGUUGGAGCCAUGACUUCGUUGACUCAGAGAGGUUCGGGCCUCGUGCAGAGGCGGACCGAAGCUUCGCGCAGUGCCGCAGACAAAGAGCGCUCGUUGGCCGAGGAGGAUGAACACGCGACCGAGUGCGCGGACGCGCGGGACGACACUGGAGACUCCAAAGAAGCCCGGCUGACCUUGAUGGAGGAGGUGCUGUUGCUGGGGCUAAAGGACCGAGAGGGCUACACCUCCUUCUGGAACGACUGCAUCUCGUCGGGCCUGCGGGGCUGCAUGCUGAUCGAGCUGGCUCUGAGGGGACGCCUCCAGUUGGAAGCCUGUGGCAUGAGACGGAAAGGCCUCCUGGCCCGGAAGGUGAUCUGCAAGUCCGACGCUCCGACAGGCGACGUCCUCCUGGACGAGGCCUUGAAGCACAUCAAGGACACUCAGCCUGCGGAGACGGUGCAGAGCUGGAUCGAGCUGCUGAGUGGAGAGACGUGGAACCCGUUGAAGCUACACUACCAGCUGAGAAACGUCCGUGAGCGUCUGGCCAAGAACCUGGUGGAGAAAGGCGUACUCACCACAGAGAAGCAGAACUUCCUGCUCUUCGACAUGACCACGCACCCGCUCACCAACGGCAACAUCAAGCAGCGCCUCAUCAAGAAGGUCCAGGAGGCGGUUCUAGACAAGUGGGUCAAUGACCCCAACCGCAUGGACAAGCGCCUGCUUGCGCUUAUUUUCUUGGCCCACUCGUCGGAUGUUCUGGAAAACGCCUUUGCCCCGCUGCUGGACGACCAGUAUGAGCUGGCCAUGAAGAGGGUGAGGCAGCUGCUGGAGCUGCAGCCCGAAGGCGAGAGCGCCAAGCCCAACGCCAACGAGCUGCUCUGGGCCGUGAUCGCCGCCUUCACCAAGUGAGCCUCGGCGCCACGGCGGUUCUGACGGUCUGCAGCCGCCUCUUAUAUUAGGAUGCGACCGACACUCACACCCACCUGGAUGUUUUCUCUUUCUGCAUCGUUCCUCUUCUGUUUCUGGGCCUAACUUUCCGAUCUGCCAUAACUUAAACUCACAGAGGGGGGGCACAGAUCAGUGUCCUGGCUGCCCCCAUACCAGUGCCUUUUAGUUUCAAAAGAUCAGUCUUCACUGAGCACGUGCAACUGCGUCUGUCCCCACAGCAGCUUAACCAAUCAGGUAGGCCCGGCUGAGGCGUAAGGUUUGCUGACGGGGCAUGUUUCUGCACUUCCCUUUGAAAAUCACCCAAAAAUCUUCAGGAGAUCCAGUUUAAGGAGAUGUUUGUUAGUCAUGAAAGUCUGCAGCAGACCGUUUAGAAAUGGUUUGCAGAGUCGGGUUCUGAUUUUCUAAAAUCGCGCUUUCGUUAGAUCGAUUCACAAGUGAAUUGGAUUCCAUUCAAUAUUAAUUCCUUUUUUCGGAUUUCCAUUCCUAAACCGACGUUGCUUGAUUCUAUUUUCUGAACUUGUGCUUUAAACUUGACGUUGCAUUUUUGCACGGUUUCUACAAGGGCCCAUCGACAUUAAAGCUAGCCAUGCGGCAUCUCACGCACCGAGAUAAGACCCUCCAUCAGGCUCCCGAGCACCGAUGCUCCUGUCAGGCUCUAAUGUAGCACAACUUAAACCAAAAUGUUCUUUCCAAAAGUAGAAGUGAGCGCCUGUAACCUGCGGGCGAAGGGGGCAGUGAGUAUCUGGACCGGGGAGGCUCUGCUAGGGCCAGAAACCAACCAGAGGGUCCCUGCCAGCCCUGUCCAGACUUUUCUCACACUUCUCUCCACGGAGCCCAUUUUCUUACGCUGGGGAGGGAAGCGGCACGCUCCUUAAGACAUAGACGACUCCUCGUUGCUCUGAACGGACCCAUAGGGGGCGCUGUCGGAGCAGGAACCCGUCCACGGAUGGGAGAACCGAGCCAGACUUCCUCAGCCGGAAUGAAGGGAAUCUUUCAUGUUCUACCUGCAUUAUUUUUGUAAUUCAUGAUGAAAUAUAUGUUUUGAUGGAAUAUCAAAAUGCUCCAUUAAUGUUUGUUGAAUAAACCAGAAUUAAGUGAAAACAAAAUCA